AUGGCACUUGGAAGCUCCCUUCCUGUGUUCAUCGUCGUUCUCUUCGUCGCAGUCUUCUUCCUCGAACACUGCACCGAGGCUCGACAUCACCCUCACCAUCCAUCGGAGCCUCGCCAUCCGUCGGCUGCCCUGCCUCCGAGCACAAUGCCAUACAUCCCCACUGCUCUGCCUCCGAGCGGAAUACCAACUAUCCCCACCGCUCUGCCUCCCAACGGAAUCCCCGGCAUCCCCACUACUCCAACUGUAGGUGGUGGCGGUGGCGGUGGCUCGUCGUCACCGUUCCCUCAGAUUCCCGGGAUACCAUCGAUUCCAUCAAUUCCUGGCAUGCCAUCGAACCCAUCAGUUCCAACGAUUCCGACGAUUCCCACAAUCCCAACGAUUCCAUCCAUUCCGACCAUCCCAACGAUCUCCUCCAUUCCUCCACCUCCCUGA